CCAGCGUCACCAGUGAGAAUAUUGGAACGUGUCCAUUGUAACAUUUACUGACACAAAAAAUUAAUUUCAUCUAAUGGCAAUGGCAUUUGUUUGGGAUUCUAUUUCUUGUUGAUUAUUUUAGAAUCUGUUUUAACGAAUCUGACAUUAUUUCUUAUAAUAACAUUAGUUUUGUUAUCAAAUAAAACUAAAUGCAUUUAAAUAAACCGCGAUUCAUGAAAUUUCUGCCGCGAUUAUCGGGCGUCUUAUUUGUUGUUUUUGUAGUGUAGUCCUGAAUUGUAUUAAUGUUAUGUAAUAAUGGCUACAUUUGGAGGAGGAAGUGUACGGGCUACAUUUUCUGAUUAAAACGAAGAGAUGUGCUAAUUGCCUUGUUUUUGUGCUGUUCUCUAAAAUGAUGAAAAGGAAUGAGGGAGAGUGCUCGGCUAAAAAUAAACGCCGCCUCUCAUUGCCUGAUCAAAGCCAACAACAAGCUUCAACAUCUACUAGUUUGAGUAAAAAGAGAAAAGUUUCACACAAAGCAGAAAAAGCAUCUGGCAGCAUGUCAGUUAAACCAGCAAAAAUUUCUAAAAAUAAAGCAAAUUUGCAAAAUCGACAUGUUUGUAAUAAAUGUAUGAAGGUGUUUGAAGAUUCCUUUGAUGUAGUCGCACAUGAAUGCACUUCUUUUAAAUGUUCUGUAUGUCACAAGAAUUUGGAAUCUGAUAUUCAUCUUAAAAAUCAUGAACUUACUCAUAAGAAAGUAAAUGACGGGGCAUAUUGUUUACAGUGCAAGUUCUGUAGUACUAAGCUUGAUCUACCAUCAUCAUUGGCUAAACAUGAGGCCCUCUGUAAAAAGAGAAACUUUAAACAAUGUAACAUGUGUGAUAAAAAAAUGCAUCCCCGUAGCAAACAUGAAUUUUGUAAAAAGUGCAUCUUAUUGAUUGACAAAAGCGGAAAAGACUACAGUCUGCGGCGAAAUUCAAAAGACAGAAAUCAAUCGACAAGUUUAGUUUCAGUUGGAAUCGCUGAGAAUCGGGGGGGUGUGUCAACAAAUCAGCUUCAUACUGAAAAUAUAAAUACAGGAAAAAUUAAUCGGAGUAAAAAGUCUAAAAACUGUUUAUCCUCUGAAUCUAAUGCCACUGAAAUUCAAGGUACAUCCAUAACUCAAAAUAAUCUCUCUGAUGAUAUUGACAGAAGUGAUACCCAUAUCCACAUUAGAAAAACAUUUAAUAAGCCUAAGAAAAUGGUCCCAGAUAAAAAUAUCAAUAUUUCAGAAAAUUCCGGUGAAGCUGUUCCUGAUGAAACUUCAGCUCUAUUUAAAAAGCCAGAAUCUGUUACUUCAGUUAAAAGCAAAUCAAGUAAGGUUUCUAAUAAUAAUUCAUCAUCCUCUAAAAAGUUUUCUAAUAACAAUUCAUCAUCCUCUAGUAAGGUUUCUAAUAAUAAUUCAUCAUCCUCUAAUAAUAAUUCAUCAUCCUCUAAUACAGAGAAGACAACACGAAGGCUGGUUAGGAAAAAUAUGGGAAAUGUUUUGCUUGAAGGUGCUGUUGCGAAAUCAAAACAAUUAACUGAAAAACAGAAUCCAUUGAAGCCUGUAAAGGUUUUGAUUGAAAAGAAAAUAAGUGAUGUGUCCCCCUCUUCAAGUGUCCAAAAUAAAGCAAAAGAGGGUGACUCAUCUAAAGCUGGCUAUGCAUCUAGUUUAGAAAUUAAAAUCGAAAGUUUGAUUGAUUCUUUGCCAGAUCCAAACAGUGGAAUUCUUUUAAAAUGCUUUGGAAACAAAAUUGAUUAUCAAUGUGUUAAGUGCUGCAAACAGUUUGGAAAUGUGGAACUUGCAUGCAUUCAUUUUUCCUGCUGCAAAAUUAAAUUCAUUAGGCUGAAAAAACAAUUCACAUCAUUAAACAAUGUUUUGUGGUUUUGCACUUUGUGUAAUUCUAGUUUUGAUCUUAUUGCAGAUCUUCUUAAGCACAAAACAUCAUGCUCUCUAUCAGGUUUUCAAGACAAGUCUGAUAAUGGAAUAAACCCAAUCACUGUUAACCAGAAAUAUGAUGAGAAGUUUUUGAAUAAAUGUAAUAAAUGUGGCUUUACUUGCUUCAGUUCAAUAACUCUUGAAAAACAUCCUUGUGAAGAAAGUGUGAAGUUAAUGAGUAAUUGCUUCGUAAAGGUAGAUAAUCUUCGUAACCUUGAAUUGAAGGCAAAAAAUGUAACUUAUUAUCAUUGUAAGAUGUGUAAAAAAGAUUUUUUGAACCCCAAAGCCUAUGAUGGCCAUAUGCGCGAUAAACAUCGCGAUGUUUAUGAUGGCAUUUUGAAACCUUUGUCUCUUCAAAUUGGAAAAAUUACAAAAGCUGUAAAGCAGGAGCCAAAUUAUAAUGAAGAUCAGUUUUAUGAUUCAACUCCAAUGAUCAAUCAGACUCCUUCAUUAGAAUCUAUAUUUUCACUACCAAGUUUGAGCUCUAACUUGGAAGAACCAGAAGGUUUGAGAAAUCAGUUGUCUUCUGCUAACCUUUUUCGAUAUCGAAUACCUCAAGUUUUUGAAACUGCCCCUUUGGAUGGAGAAAAUGCAAAAAGGAUUAUCGGCUGUAAUCAUGAUCCAGAUGAAUCAGGUCUUGCAAGGGAAGAUACAAAACCUUGCAUUGCAUGUUUACAAUUGUUCUCUGCAAAUUAUGCCCAAGAUAAUCGAAAUGAUUUUAAAACACAAAAUUCAAAUAGUGGUGAGGAAUUGCAAGCUCAGUUGUCCUUUAAUUACGCUCCUCGUCAGACCUCCCAUUCAACAGCCAGUGAUCACCAACCUCGUUCAUUUCCUACACCGCCUGCGACACCAGACAGUAUAUACUGUCAGAGCCAGUCCUCACAAACUUCCGAAUCUCAAGCUUCUAGUGAUUCAAGGUUUAAUAACUCAGAUGAAUUGCAAAAUUCAAUACAAAUAGAAACUUUGAGUUUAAAGCUUUCUUGGGAUUGCUGCUCUGAUAAAAUUGAUGCAUUUGCAAUAUUAGCCUCAGAAGAUAAGUUAUCUAUUUCGAAAUAUAUUUGUGCAAGCUGUUACACUGACAUGACUGAAAAUGAUGUUUGUGAACAUAUGCAUAGGUAUCAUGACAAAAACAGUGGUCAGGUUAAUGUGUCGUGCAUAAAAGCGACCUAAGACAAAUUAUAUUUAUUUGCCAUGUGAAUACUUUUAAAUUUUCUAAUUGUCCAACAUGUUAAUACUGUGCUCUACAAUUUUAAAGUAUGUUGAUGUUUAGCUCUCCAUUGUGCACACUAAAUUUAAAAUACCGUUUCACACAUUCUAUACACAAACAAGGUUUUGUUACUGUUUGUCUAAGAUAGGUACUCUGCCUGGAGCUGUGGUGGUGACUAUGGUAACGAGGUAUAAUUAUUUCAAGUAGGGGUGCGAGGUCCCUCUUUAGGACUGGUUUCGGCGAGAGAAAAGGAGACCUCUUCAUCGAAGCUACCCUCCCUAAAAUGGCCUCUUCUUGUUUCCAUAGCACCAGACUGUCG